AUGUUCCAGGCAACGAUCCGGUUGGCAGUCCGGCAACAAAUCCGUCGUCUACGAUUCUCCCCGUGGCAAACUUCCCCCGACCAAACGCGAUUCGCAAGUGGGAGCCCACAUCGAUUGCACCCUGAUUCUCCUAAGUCCCAGGCAGCCUUGGGCGUGGUGCGUAAGAUGGCGAGAUGGAACCAGCAGGAGCACAAAGUAUUCAUUGACUCCUGUGAACUUGUCAUAUCUGAGGGCCACCGACGAGGCAAAUGCUUCUCCUCGAAAGGAUGGCAUCGUAUAUCGGACAUGUUCAAUGCCACAACGGGGAAGGAUUGGACUACAUCGCAGAUGAAGAACUAUUGGAAUAAACUGCGAACAGAUCACAAGCUUCUGUUUGAGUUGCUGCGAUGCACUGGAAUUGAGUACCGCUCGGGUACCGGAAGAAUUCACGCCCCUGACCAUUGGUGGGAAGCCAAAAUAAUGGAGAACCCAAAGUAUGCGAAGUUCAAGAACUUCAAUUGCACCGAGAUUUAUGACACGUAUAGCAGAUUGUUCGGGGAUACUGGAGACUCGACCAAGUAUGCGUUGUCCCUAACAAAGUUGUCGCAGCGUGGUUUUGAUUUGGGCACAGACAGCGAUAGAGAAUACGGAGGUGACAAGUUCCCCAUUAACGCGGAGGCAACAGAUUCAAGUGGCAGUCCAGUCGAAGGUCGAGCAAACUCGUCAAUGAACAUAUUUGCACACCAUAGUGGGGAUAAAAGAAAAACCAAGCACAGGAAAGGGAAAGCAAAAAAGAAAAUGUUCGGUGCACGCGAGGUUUCAGCGUCCCUUGAGCAAAUGGCUAGUGUCGGAACGGAUCUUGCUUCAAUUGCACGCUCUUAUCGUAAGGCAGGGAUGACAAUCGGUGAAUGCGUUGAUGAACUUCUGUCGUUUGGCCAUGUUCAGGAAGGUGAUCGNCUCGUACUGUGCUGCGAAGACACCUUACUUGAGAUUUAA